AUGUCGUCCCCCACCGAGGUCGCAGACACUCCUACCCUUGGCAAUACUCAUGCCUUAUAUGCCGGACAAUCCGCUAUCAGCUUGGACAAUAAGCUGUCCGCUGUUGUACUCCCUAAAACCAGCAGUGUCUACCCUCUCUCGGGGCUCUCUAAGCUCCUCGACAAUGAAGAUACUUACGACCCGAAGCCUCAGCUCAACCAAUACUGGAAGGACCAUAUGACCGAGUAUCUAGACAACGUAGAGACUAAGGUCCCUGCCAAUCCAGCUACCCCCGCUGGCAACCCCAGUCAAAGCCAGGGGAGCUUCACUUCAAACUACGUUCGGCAGCACGCCAAGAUCUUUGGUAAGGGCAAGAACCCAUACCUCGCUCAGGUCGCUAAGGUCCCCGAACCAGAGCCGGAGCCAGAGUCGAAGAGCGAUAAUAACACUGUAAACCUGGAGGAUUUCAUCGAUCCGAGCCUUCUAGCCCAGGAUACCGCCCAGGAUACCGCCCGCGAAGCUUCCUCCGUACAGGAAGCUAGCAGCUCUAUCAGAUUGCCGAUGACUGAGUCGUUUGUAAAUGGUAUCAUACAGGAUAUCAAUGCCAUUGAGCCGCUGUUGGAGGACGAGACAUGGGUCUCCUUGCUAGAUCCGGCGUCCAAGGUGGUCCCAGCGCCGGAUAUGGGACUUGGCCCGCAGGCAUUUAUGGGAACGGCGCCCUACACACAGCCGGCCACCCAUGCUGUGCCAGUCCCCUACGCGCAGCCGUACCCUUACGCUGGACCGGUUGCCCCUGCUGGACCGGCAUUCUACACGCAGCCGUUGCCUUAUACGGAGCCGCUGUCAUAUAUGGGUCAAGCGCCAUACACAGGACCGGCUUAUACGCAAGCGAUGCCGCCGAUGAACCAAGCUUUUAAUACCCAGCCAGCUUCGUAUCCGCAGCUGAACCCUUACCAUCAACAGGGCAUGCCUUCGGGGCCGGUGGCAUACCCACAAUUCGGUCCUUCUCCACCAGCGGCGCCGUAUGCACAGCCGGCAUCAUACCCGCAGCCGUUCUUCAAUCCCCAGCCAACGCCCGGUGUAAAUAUGCAACCAGGGUUCCAGCCACAGCCCGUCCAGGCGCGGAACGUCCAACCCGACUUCCUCGCCAUGCCUCCCCCUCCUCCGCCCCGCGAGUUCACCAGCCACUACUUCAACAACAUGUCAGCGGUCGACUAUGGUAUUUCUACUAGGCAGUACCUAAACCAGCAAGUCGGCUUCUCGGCACCCGGUGAUCUCCCGGCGACGAACCCUCACUGCGCCCUGCCAGAGUCGAACGCAUUCCCGUACUAUCAGGUUGAGUCGCCCAAGGGUAAGGGCAAGGCUCCCUGCAGACGAGGGGGGAACACCAACGAUUUUAUGGGGAUUAUCUGA